AUGGAGAAACUGACAGGGUGUUUUCUGCUGGUGCUGCUGAGCUCUGUUUUAGCUGAAGAUAAGUUUAUCAGGGACGGAGGUACACUGGAGCUGAGCCCUAAUGUCUCCAGGAACAUCAACAGCAUCAUAUGGAAACUCAAGGGCAUGACAUUAGCUUGGGAGAGAGGAGAUAUUCUGAACUACCCUGACACGUUUGAAGGCCGAACAACCCUGGAUAUAUCUACUGGAAGAUUGGAGAUCACGAAAAUGACUCCAGCUGACAGUGGGAAUUAUUCAGUGUACCUCAACAGUGCGAUGAAGCCUAAGAGCUACACUGUAAAAGUGAUCAAGGAGGUGCCUCAGCCUGUUGUGGAGUUAAACCCACUGCCAUGUUCUGCUGACUCGAAAAGCUGCACCCUGCUCUGUGAGAGAAAGUCUGACGAGGCUGUGGCUUUGGCUGAAGCUGAACCUGUCACCUACAGCUGGAAGAUGGGAGACGGAGAGUGGAUGGAUGGGGAGAAGAGCAGGAUCAUCACCAACGAUAAGGAGAAAAAAAGUGUGGAAACGUUCUCCUGCCGGAUGAAGAACCCGAUCAGUGAGAAACAAAGCGACACCAUACCGAACCCUUUCUCCAAAACAAAGGCUUCAGCUCAUUCUGGAGUUGCUGGAUCUGUUUCUGUGGAUCUGCUUGUUGUCGUCUUGGCUGCUGUGUUUGGUGCAGGGUUUUAAGCUAAAGGCUAAACUUUCAUUGAAGAAGAUCCUUCAGACUCUGAACUUUGGAUAUCAAAUUUCAGAGGCUGUCAUGAGAUCUCUGAUCAUCUUUCUCUUUUUUUGGGGGUGUUGUGUGCUUGAUGUGUGAAAAAACCCUGUAAUGAAGCAGAUCUGUUCAUGUCUAAUCAGAAAAGGUGAUGAUGAUGAUGAUGAUGAUGAUGAUGUGGCUGACGUGGACGAUCACUUUCAUUUCCUGAUAAAGCUUCUCAGUCCUCCAGUCAGGGAGGUAAUGUGUUGUGCUCAGCAGUUAAAUAUAAAAAAACAAGAUUUUGUUGCUUUUUUUAAAACAGUGUUGUAUCUCUACGUAUAUUUUCUGCCACUUUAAGUUUUACAUAUUUCCAUUAUUAUGUUUUUUUUUCUCUUUCUGAUUGUAAUACAGUUAAUCAAAGUGAGCCUAGAAAGAAAAGUAUAAAAACAAAAUAGAAAUGAAUGUUUUCGUUAUGAAUCAAAUUGUGUUUUGACUUUGGAUGUUUUAUUGUUGUUUUGGAUAUCUUACAUAUUUUAGUCUUCACGUGUGAAUUUUUAAGUAUUUCUAACAGUACUAUCAUACUUGCAAAAAACAUUGAAUAAA